CCACUACGAGGCCACAAGCUGUCCACAAGCUGGCCCACGCAAAACUAUGCAUUUAUGAAAGAGGCGUUGAUUUGUCUGCGUGGCGGAUUUGUGCCUGGCUGGUGCGCGGUAGAAUCGCCAGACACAACAUUCGAGGAGCAGUGGAGUGGAGGCACCUCUCAGCUCAGGGAUGAAGACAGUCCAACCUGAUGAAUAUGAACCAAACGCGUCGUCCACACCAGUUCCGGGAUCACCGUCGGUCACCUGGCAUGACGUCGUCGAUGGAACGGCCGGCAUGAUUCCCAACCCGAUGUACUGCCGCAGAGCCGAUCUGACCCCGACCGAGGGAAAAGAGCGCCGCUGUAAGGUGGGGAAGGCGUCAUGCGUCCUGUGGGCGUGUCUGGGCACCGCAGCUAUGUUGAUAUGCGUCACAGCCGUUGUUUUCGCGAUGGUCCACCACCUGCAGGCCCGGGUAGUGAAGGUGGAGAACCAGAUGGCUGAGAUGGAGAAGGCACUUCGUGGAGAGCCAGGGCCGGUUGGCCCGCCGGGUCCUCACGGGGAGCACGAUGAUGUCGGCCCGCGUGGCAAUCGCGGUGUGCACGGUCCCGCAUCUCUCAACCCUACCUCCACUGCCAUUACCAUUGGGGCGGUCAAGGAUGGCCACCCAGGACGUGAAGUCUCGAUCAUACAGGUGUUGGACGGUUCUGGAGAAGGAGACGAGGGACACUUCGACUCAGAAGAACCAGACGGCGUCGGAGACGAAGGCGACAUGUGACGCGCUGCACUGCGUCUGCCACCAUCAGGGAACGUAGCACAAGUUUUUAGACAUCUAUAGAGUCAGGAGUGAGUGUUAGAGUCACACCUCAAGCACGCUAAAGAACCCACCACACACCAAAAGAGUAGCGGUCCUUCCCAUGGUGUGAGUGGAUCAAAUACAUCUGUACGGAUAUACAGCUUGUACUCUUGAGUACAGACCUAAUGUGUUUCGUCACAAGGCGGUUUAAAUUUACCGGGUAUGCACUGCAAACAGAAAUAGGUCGUAUUUACUGGGCGUUUGCACAUGAAAGUUUCGCGCAUUUCCAUGAAUGGUUGCUGACCAUUUGAAACGGUCAAUGUCGUAUCGCUGACCGGUCGGUGCCAUUUCCGAACGUAGCGUU